GGCUACAGCGGUGGACUCCGCUCCAGACAGCCGCUCCUCACUCACUCUCCCUCGGAUCAUUUCUACAGCAACUCACGGACGAGUUACAGUAAACAUUGCUGCUUCCUCUGGGGGGUUUCUACACGGGGACUAUGGCUGUGUUGAAGCUACAAGACCAGCCGUCUCUGUUAAGAGCCAUCUUCAAUGUCGACCCAGAUGAAGUUCGCUCCCUCAUAUUCAAGAAAGAGGAUGUCAACGUUCAGGACAAUGAGAAGAGGACACCUUUGCAUGCUGCAGCCUACCUGGGAGACGCUGAGAUCAUUGAACUGCUCAUCCUCUCAGGAGCCAGAGUUAAUGCCAAAGAUAACAAGUGGUUGACUCCUCUUCAUCGAGCUGUCGCCUCUUGUAGUGAGGAUGCAGUGGCAGUGUUGCUGAAGCACAGUGCAGACGUUAACGCCCGUGACAAGAACUGGCAGACGCCGCUCCAUGUUGCAUCUAGCAACAAGGCAGUACGCUGUGCCGAGGCUCUGGUCCCGCUGCUUAGCAACGUCAAUGUGUCUGACCGAGCAGGACGCACUGCCCUGCACCACGCUGCCUUCAGUGGACAUGUAGAGAUGGUGAAGUUGCUGCUGUCCAGAGGAGCAAACAUUAAUGCAUUUGACAAGAAGGACAGGAGAGCCAUCCACUGGGCAGCCUACAUGGGUCACCUGGAGGUGGUGAAGUUAUUGGUGGCCAGCGGAGCAGAGGUUGACUGUAAGGACAAAAAAGCCUACACCCCGCUCCAUGCAGCCGCCUCCAGUGGCAUGAGCAGCACAGUGCACUACCUACUCAGCCUGGGGGUCCACGUCAACGAGCUGAACGGCUAUGGCAACACUCCUCUCCAUUUGGCCUGUUACAAUGGACAGGAUGUGGUGGUCAGUGAGCUCAUCAAGGCGGGGGCCAACGUCAACCAGGUGAAUGAGAGGGGUUUUUCCGCUCUCCACUUUGCCUCCUCCUCACGCCAGGGGGCGCUGUGCCAGGAGCUGCUGUUGGCCCACGGAGCUCACAUCAACAUGCGGAGUAAGGAUGGUAAAACCCCCCUCCACAUGGCAGCUACCCAUGGAAGGUUCUCCUGCUCUCAGGCCCUCAUUCAAAAUGGUGCUGAGAUUGAUUGUGAGGACAAGAGCAGAAACACUGCCCUUCACAUCUCUGCCCGCUAUGGCCAUGAGCUCAUCAUCACAGCACUCAUCAAACACGGAGCCAACACCGCCAAGAGGGGCAUUCAUGGGAUGUUCCCUCUACACCUGGCAGCUCUUAACGGCUUCUCGGAUUGCUGCAGGAAGCUGCUGUCCUCAGGGUUUGAUAUAGACACCCCUGAUGACUUUGGAAGGAGCUGUCUACAUGCUGCUGCAGCUGGCGGGAACCUGGAGUGUCUGAACCUGCUGUUAAACAUUGGGGCGGACUUUAACAGGAAAGACAACUUUGGGAGGACUUCACUACACUAUGCAUCGGCCAACUGUAACUACCACUGUGUGUUUGCCUUGGUGGGCUCUGGGGCAAGCAUCAACGAGCUGGACCAGAGAGGCUGCAGCCCUCUGCACUACGCUGCUGCAGCUGACACUGAUGGAAAGUGCGUGGAGUAUCUGUUGAGGAACGAUGCCGAUCCAGGAAUGAGAGACAAACAGGGUUACGGUGCUGUGCACUAUGCCUCAGCUUAUGGACGCACACUCUGCCUGGAACUGAUGGCAAGUGAGACACCUCUUGAUGUGUUAAUGGAGACAUCAGGAACAGACAUCAUGAGUGACUCAGAGAGCCAGGCCCCCGUCAGCCCACUCCACCUGGCGGCUUACCAUGGACACUGUGGAGCUUUAGAGGUUCUCUUGUCAUCCUUGCUGGAGGUGGAUGUUUACAGUCCAGAGGGCCGAACCCCCCUCAGCCUGGCCUGCUCCAAGGGUCACCAGGAGUGUGUCUCUAUGCUUCUGCACCAUGGCUCCUCACCCAUGACCCGUGACUAUACACAGAAAAAGACAGCCAUACACGCUGCAGCUAUGAAUGGCCACCCAGAGUGCCUGCGCCUGCUCAUGAGCAUCAACGACCAACACAUCAAUGUGGAUGUACAAGACAUCAAUGGACAGACUCCUCUGAUGUUGGCAGUGCUGAAUGGACACACAGAGUGUGUGUUCUCUCUACUCAGUCAAGGAGCCAGUGUCGACUAUCAGGACCGCUGGGGGAGGACGGCACUCCACCGAGGGGCGGUGACGGGCCAGGAGGAGAGUGUGGAGGCCCUCCUCCAGCGUGGGGCCAGUGUGCAUGUCAGAGACAUCCUGGGCCGCUCCCCUGUUCACCUGGCAUCCGCCUGUGGCCGUGUGGGUGUCCUGGGUGCCCUUCUGCAGGCCACUACCAGCACCACCUCACACACACACCUCACUGACAACCAGGGAUACACACCACUGCACUGGGCCUGCUACAACGGAUAUGAUGCCUGUGUGGAGGUGUUGUUAGACCAAGAGGUGUUCAAGAACAUUAAGGGCAACUCUUUCAGUCCACUGCACUGUGCUGUUAUGAGCGAUAAUGAGGGAGUGGCUGAGAUGUUAAUUGACUCCCUGGGCACAACUAUCGUCAACACCACUGACUCCAAGGGCAGGACCCCCCUUCACGCUGCAGCUUUUUCCGACCACGUGGAGUGUGUUUCCCUUCUGCUGAGCCAGGGAGCUCAGGCAAACGUAGUUGACACGCACACGCACAGCACACCGUUGAUGAUGGCAGCUCUAAACGGGCAAACCAACACCGUGGAGAUGUUGGUGAGCAGUGCUAAAGCAGACUUCACACUACAGGAUACAAACAGGAACACAGCUUUACAUCUGGCUUGCAGCAAGGGUCACGAGACGAGUGCCCUGUUGAUUCUGGAGAAGAUCAGCGAUAAGAACCUCAUCAACUGCACCAACACUUCUCUCCAGACGCCCCUGCAUGUAGCGGCCAGGAAGGGAUUGACAGUGGUGGUCCAGGAGCUGCUGAGGAAAGGAGCCAGUGUUUUAGCAGUGGACGAGAACGGUUACACUCCUGCUCUGGCCUGCGCUCCCAAUCGUGAUGUUGCCGACUGUCUGGCGCUCAUCCUCAACUCCAUGUUGCCUACCUCCCCUAUGGUCACCAUAGCAGCUCUGCCUGCACACUCUCUAAGUCAGACUGUCAUCAACCACAACUCCACCAACAACCAUGUCUCCAAGGGCGUGGCCUUUGACACCCUUCCCUCUCUGAGGCCCGACCAUGCUUCCUACUGCAGACCGGAGCGGUCGCUGACAUCCCUCAUUGGGGAUGAUGAACUGAAUGACUCAGAUUCAGAAACAUACUGAGGACAUACCUGCUAUUGGGCAGAGCCCCACAAUAGUGACAAGCUAGCCAGCCACUCAGGAGCCUUAAUAAAUCACUGACAAGGAACUAAAAGAGAGAAAAGAGGGAGAAAAUAGAGCCAGUGUGCAGAUUAUUUUUAGGUAAGCUUUUUCAAAUCUAAAAAUAACCUUUGAUGUAAAACGCGUUUGUUUUCUUCAGGUGCAUUCCCAUGGGAUGGAAAAUAAUGUACUAAAAGAUAGAAUAAGGUCAAUACACACUAUGUCUAUCCCAGACACCUUCACUGUAUGGCCAGUGUCUUUUUAAUUUUGAACCAAUGUUGUUUUCCUUUUUCAAUUAAGUACCUACUCUUUGCUGAUACUUUUUGGAGUGAUUUUAAGCCUUUACAGUUUUCCCUUCAACUAACGCUAGAAGAGCAUCUACUGGAGAAACACUCAGAGGACUUUUUUGGCAUGAUUGUCUAAAGAAAAUACAGAGGACAAUCUUAUGGGACCAGGAGAUUGAUUAGUUUUCCCUACUUCACUUGAGUUUUUAGUCAUGGCAGACACUGAUGGCUGUCACAUUGCUAAGGCUGCGUAAUUGUUAAUUAACCACUUUUCAAUUCCUUGGAUAGGAAUUCAUUAUUUAAUCCUUUUAAUGUAUUCCACGUGGGGACUAAAUCCAUGGGAACUGAUUAGGACAGCAGGUGACUGUCAGACCCAUUUACUGUACGAUUGGUCCAGGAGUCCGUGGAUAGAUGACCCGAAUGAGCUGCUCAAUGAACUUUUAACUUGCAAUGCUGUAACUUCUCAAUGACUGUGUACUGUACAGGAGACUGGGGAAAGUUGCUGACACUGUGUGUGUGUGCGCGUGUGUGUGUGUGUGUGUGUGUAUAUGUGUGUGUGUUUGUGUGUGCGCGCGUGUGUGUGAGAAAGAGAAAUUGAUAAAUAUUGCCUUUUUUAGGAAUUAGCAACUUUCAGGCAAAGGAUGAACGCUACUGGUGAUGUUU